AUGAAUGGUGCAAUAGUAUCCAAUGGGUCUCUAGUCCCAUCUUCCGCGGUGUCUACUCCUGCAACAUCUACAUCCAGCGUUGAUGGGGAACAGCAGAAUGGUGGUUAUAAAAUCUUAUAUCCCAGGACCAAAGAACAAUUAAAUGAAUUGUUAGAUAGAUAUUAUAAAUUGCUUUACGCGUCUGAUCAAUUAAAACAAGACUUCGCAAAGAGAGAAGAUAAGCACAAUAAGAAAUUUGAAGAUCCAAACUUAAAAGAGAAGUUGAGAAUUGAAACAAUCCUUGCUCAAGUUAGCAAAUCUCAAGAUGAGUUUAAUAAGGAACAAGAUGAAUUUAUACAGGAAUUGUUGACCACUGAAGUUGAUGAUGAAGAAAUAGGCGAGUUUGAUUCCGAGUUAUUCGAGAAACAAGUUGCAGGAUUAUUAUUAUUAUCUAAAGACGUUGAUUUACCUGAAAACUUACAACGUGAUUUCCAAACUAUAGGAACGAAAGCCAAUGAUGAAACUACAGAUAAGGCUUCCAUAGAUUCAAUACUUGAAAAAUUGACAACGCUUGAUUCAGAUUUUGAGAAUAGAGCGAAGCAACAAGGUGUCAAAAUUCCAUUACCAUUAUCAGCGGUUGACCCACUUUAUGCUCCAUUAGGAAACUUCCACACCGAAAAGCUUAUAGGUAACAAAAUAUCUCAACGCUUAAAAGAAUUGGAAAACCUCCCGGGGAAUCUUGGUACUUUUUCAUUCAAUGAAGACCAGGAAAUUGAUAGUCUCAAAAUCAGAGCUUUAAUCGAAAUCAAGGCACUUCGACUCUUGGCUAAACAGAAACAACUCAAACACAAUGUGCUACUCCAUGAAUCACAACAAGUGAAGUUCCUUCACCCCGAUCUCAAGAAUCAUCCAUUAUGUCUUUCAGAAAAACGGUCAUUUAACAUUCGUCCAAAAAUCGAACAAUACAAUCCUCAACUUCUUGCGGUCCAAUUAGAAGAGCUCAAAAGACAAGAAGCUAAAGAAUAUAAACGUCAAAUGCACAUUAUCAAGGUUGAUCAAAUUCUUGAAAGUUCUUUGGCAUUGGGUAAUGCAAAAUAUCAACGUGACCAUUAUAGAUCCCAUAACCUUGUUAGGCAAAUUACCAACUUCCAUCAAAAUACAGAAAAGGAAGAAUCUAAGAAAUUAGAAAAGACUGCCAAACAGAGAUUGCAAGCUUUAAAAGCAAAUGAUGAAGAAGCAUAUAUAAAGCUAUUAGAUCAAACAAAGGAUCAUAGAAUCACCCAUCUUUUGAAACAAACAAAUCAAUUCUUGGACUCUUUGGCUCAACAGGUCCGUGCUCAACAAGAAGAAGCAACCCUACCUUUGGAGAAGAGUGGUAGUCCUGAAGACAUUAUAGAACCCAAGGUAAGCGAAGAUGGAAAUGAUGAAUUGAGAGAAAAAAUCGAUUAUUAUGAAGUUGCUCAUCGUAUCAAGGAAGAAGUUAAAGAACAACCUAAAAUCUUAGUUGGUGGUAAAUUAAAAGAAUAUCAAGUUAAGGGUUUGCAAUGGAUGGUUUCUUUAUACAACAAUAAAUUGAAUGGUAUUUUAGCAGAUGAAAUGGGGUUAGGUAAAACUAUUCAAUCUAUCUCCUUGAUUGCAUAUCUUAUUGAAAGAAAGCAUGAAGAUAAAUUCUUGGUAAUUGUUCCGCUUUCUACAAUUACCAAUUGGACAUUAGAAUUUGAAAAAUGGGCUCCUAGUGUGAAAGUCAUUGUAUAUAAAGGUUCACAACAACAACGUCGUUCAAUGCAACCUGAGAUCAGAGUAGGUAACUUCCAAGUGUUGUUAACUACAUAUGAAUAUAUUAUUAGAGAACGUCCAUUGUUAGCUAAAUUCCAAUAUUCUCAUAUGAUUAUAGAUGAAGGUCAUAGAAUGAAAAAUGCUCAAUCCAAAUUGUCUCAAACAUUGAGAACAUAUUAUAAGACGAAAAAUAGAUUAAUUUUGACUGGUACUCCAUUACAAAACAAUUUACCUGAAUUGUGGGCAUUAUUGAACUUUGUCCUUCCAAGAAUUUUCAAUUCCGUUAAAUCGUUUGAUGAAUGGUUUAAUACUCCAUUUGCCAAUACUGGUGCUCAAGAAAAGAUAGAAUUAACCGAAGAAGAAUCAUUAUUAGUUAUUAGAAGAUUACAUAAAGUCUUACGUCCAUUCUUAUUACGUCGUUUGAAGAAAGAUGUGGAAAAGGAUUUACCCGACAAGGUCGAAAAGGUUCUUAAAUGUAAUCUCUCGGCUCUUCAAUAUGUCCUUUAUCAACAAAUGUUAACCCACAAUGCACUCUUCCUAGGAGCUGAUGUUGGAGGUGCCAAAAGUGGUAUCAAAGGUCUUAAUAAUAAGAUUAUGCAAUUACGUAAGAUUUGUAAUCAUCCAUUCGUAUUUGAAGAAGUUGAAACCGUAUUAAAUUCCCAAAAACUCACUAAUGAUUUAAUUUGGCGUGUAAGUGGUAAAUUUGAAUUAUUAGAUCGUAUAUUACCAAAAUUCAAAAAAUCAGGUCAUCGUGUGUUGAUGUUUUUCCAAAUGACUCAAAUUAUGGAUAUAAUGGAAGAUUUCUUAAGAUGGCGUGAUAUGAAGUAUUUAAGACUUGAUGGAUCAACCAAAGCUGAUGAACGUCAAGAUAUGUUGAAAGCAUUUAAUGCUCCUGGUUCUGAAUAUUUCUGCUUUUUAUUGUCGACCCGUGCUGGUGGGUUAGGUUUGAAUUUACAAACAGCCGAUACGGUUGUUAUUUUCGAUACUGAUUGGAACCCUCAUCAAGAUUUACAAGCACAAGACAGAGCCCAUCGUAUUGGACAAAAGAAUGAAGUGAGAAUUUUAAGAUUGAUUACAAAUGAUUCUGUUGAAGAAGUUAUUUUGGAAAGAGCCCAUCAGAAAUUGGAUAUUGAUGGAAAGGUUAUUCAAGCUGGUAAAUUCGAUAACAAAUCCACCGCAGAAGAACAAGAAGCAUUUUUGAAGAGAUUAUUAGAAGCAGAUGCCAAAGGUGCUGAUAAUGAAGAGAAUGAUUCUUUGGAUGACGAAGAAUUGAAUGAAAUAUUGGCCAGAUCAGAGGAUGAAAAGGUUUUAUUUGCUGAAAUGGAUAAAGAACGUAAGGAGAAUGAUAAAAUUUUCAAAGCAAGGUUGAUUGAAAGAGAUGAGUUACCACCAGUAUUUACUGAAGAUAUUUCUCAUCAUUUCGAAAAGGAUACGAAAGAAUUAGCUCGUAUGAGAGAAAAGAAGAGGGUCAAAUAUGAUGAUGGAUUGACUGAAGAGCAAUGGUUGAUGGCUAUGGAUGAUGAUAAUGAUACAAUUGAGGAAGCUAUUAAACGUAAGGAGUCACGUAUUGCUAAACGUAAAAGAAAUAAGGCAAUUAGGGAAGGGUUAUUGGUUGAAGAUAUCAAGGACGACGAAGUUGGAGAAGAGGAUGAUGACGACUAUGAAGCUGCAGCAGCUCCUAGAAAGAGAGCUCGUAGAACUAGAACUCCAUUACCACAUAUUUCAUCACCUGAGAAUAACAACACAGAACAAGAUGAUGACGAGGAUGAACAUAUAGAUGAACAACCAGUUGUUGACCGAUUUACAUUGAAAUGUUUACAAGUUCUUGAUGAAAUUUGUGAAUUGACAGAUCCAGAAGAUGGUCAUAACUUAAGUGAUAUUUUCAUCAAAUUGCCUAGUCGUAAGUUAUAUCCUGAUUAUUAUCUGAUAAUUAAGAAGCCAGUUUCAAUUAAUCAAAUCAAGAAACAUUUAGAACAAGAAAAGUAUGGCCAAUUUAGUGAAUUUAUUGAUGAUUUGAAACAAAUGUGUUUGAAUGCCAAAACAUACAAUGAAGAAGGUUCUUUUGUUUAUACAGAUGCUGAUGUCAUUGAACAAUUGAUCGAGAAGAAAUUGGCUCAAGAGACUCACAUAGAUCAAUGA